AUGUGUGGCUAUUAUUAUUUCCAACUUGUAAAAAUCUUCUCUCGUUUUGCAUUAAAGCGUGUAAUUUCACUUGUAGUCCAAUUAAGUGACAUUUCUGUUAUUCUGCUAUACCAGUCUCUAGCACAGUCUGAGGAAGCAGCUAGACAGUCCGCUGAAACAGCUGGGAAUUUGGCUGUGGCAACGGCUACUGCCAAGUUAGCACGUCGUGCUGCUGAAGUAGUUGAUCGAUUGGGUCGUCCAGGUGCACGCAACAGCCUGUCACGUGUAGUAUCACCUGGAGGAGUAGUUGUUGCCAGUGACCCAAGCAAUCUGUUUAAUUCAAGCUCCUAUUUUGAUUCAAACUUCCCAUCAGAUCACAGUGAUGUAGAUGCACCUGAUGAUCACCAUCUGCGUUCACUGGAUAAUCCAAGUUCAGCAACUGAACUAUUAAUUAGUCGAAUGGAGGAAAUGGCCAAACGUGCUCAUUGUGCUGAAGCUGCAGCUCAAGAGGCAGCUGAUCAGCUAGAAGCUGAGAAACACUUUAGUCGUUUGUAUAAGGAAACAUGUGCGGAGAAAUCAGAUCAAUUGAGUGAAAAGACGCGUGAAUUGGAAUUGCUACGUGAACAACACGCAAAAGUUGUAAGGCCACUUAACGAAGAACAACAAAAAUCUACACGUUACUUAGAAGCUGCACAGAGUGCAAAAGAAAGUGUUCAUGCUGCUACCCAACGAGCAACGUGUGCCAGCAGCGAAGUAGCUCAACUGCGUGUUGAACUUGAACGAAUGACCCAAGCCUAUGGCAAAGAACAAGCGAAGUGUGCUGCUACAGUGAACAAACUGACUGAGGUCAUGUCUGGCAAGAAUCUUGACACUCUGGAAUUGAUGUGGCUUGCAAGUUUCCAGCAAGAACAGGAUAAUAGUGGACGAAUUAUCAGUCCAUUUUCUAUUGGAUGCAAUUCAGCACGUAGUAAGGUGGCUAGUUUAAAAGGAUUAGGUCAACAAAAACGAAUGAAUCUACUAUUGAAACAACGUUACAAUGAAAACAAAAACUAA